AUGAAGUUCGAUCUUCCGCUGCUGAACUACGACACGCGGUUCUCGCUAUGGCAAGUCAAGAUGCGGGGGAUUCUGGCGCAGACUCAUGACUAUGAUGAGUAUUUGGAUAGUUUCGGAAAGAGGAAGGCCGAGUGGACUCGGAAGAGAUCCGCAAGGAUCGAAGAAGCGCUUCGCCCUAAUUCGGGAUUGCAUCUUCAUAAUGAUAUUUUGCGAGAGUGUCCAAAGAGAAAAGCUGCUGCAGAACUAUGGGUCAAACCGGAAUCGAUCCGUAUGUCCAAGGAUCUAACCAAGAAGAUGCAAAUGAAGAUGAAGCUGUUCACCACGAAGAUGAAGGAGGAGGAUUCGGGAGAAGAUGAGAGGCAUGGUGCGAGAAUGACGGACGUUGUCCUCCAAGGGCGAUGCUUUGCAUGUGAGAGGCGAGAAUCGAAAAGCAGAUCCUCCAAUGAUGACAAUGAUGGUAGAAAGAACUACGAAAGGAGAGGCCGUUCAAAGUCCAAGCCGCAUGCUCGUAUAAGCUUCGUGCAGAAAAGGGAUGUUGUGCGGAUGGGAGAUGAUAACCCGUGUGAUAUUGUGGGAAUUGGAUCGAUUCAGAUCAAGACCGAUGAUGGCAUGACACGACGCCGAAAAAACGUCGGUACUCUUGAUUAUGUUCAUGCUGAUUUAUGGGGUCCUUCCCGUAAGUCCUCACUUGGUGGUGCUCGUUACAUGCUUACAAUUAUUGAUGAUUACUCUAGAAGGGUUUGGCCUUAUUUUCUAAAACAGAAAGAUGAUACUUUUGCUGCUUUUAAGGACUGGAAAGUAAUGAUAGAAAGGCAAACUGAAAGGAAGCUUUGCCCUCAGAUCAUGUUCCAGAAAAAGAGUCUGCAGCAGAUGCGCAUGCUGGUGGAGCAUGUUGAUGAUGAUCUGAGGUGUCUGGUGGAGCUCUGUUGA